UCUCAAUUUCCGUGUGUUGACUUUAUCGUUUCCAACAACUUGAACUAUGGUUUACCUUAUUCCUUCAUAAUAUAUAUUUCAAUCUUCAACAUAACUGUUCCUUACAAUUCAAAACUAGGAAGACCACUAAUGGAUGAAUUUGAAGUUGAAGUUGAAAUUCCAUCGGAUUUUCUUUGCCCCAUUUCAUUCCAACUCAUGAGAGAUCCAGUCACCGUUUCAACAGGGAUCACCUACGAUCGACAAAACAUUGAGCAUUGGCUAUUCUCAUGCAACAACAACACUUGCCCUGUAACCAAACAGCCUCUCAUCGAUCAAGAUCUAAUUCUCACUCCCAACCACACUCUCCGCCGUUUGAUCCAAUCAUGGUGCACUUUCAACGCAUCAUACGGCAUAGAACGAAUUCCAACCCCAAAAUCACCAAUCGAUAAAUCCCAAAUCCUUAAACUCCUUAAAGAAGCCAAAAACACCCCAAAUUCACAACUCAAAUGCCUCCAAAACCUCAAAACCAUUGCCUCUCAAAGCGAAAGAAACAAGCAGUGUUUAGAGGCAGCAGGAACGGUACAAUUCUUAGCUUUCUUAGUUAAGAAUCGAACCGAUUCGAUGGCGGUAACAGAAGCCGCCGUCGAUCUUCUUUUCCUUCUCGUUAUCAAAAGCUCUCACACAUUAUUAAAACAUCUUGUAACGAACGAUAGUUCUACUGACAUUGUUGAUUCGUUGGUGAGUGUUUUGAAAUGUGGGAACCAACAAUCGAGAGCUAAUGCAGUAGUUUUACUCAAAUCGAUUCUUGAUUUGGUUGAUCCGAUUCGAAUCAUGAGCAUUGGAUCCCAACUGUUCAAGGAGGUUGUGAGCGUUUUAAGAGAUGGGAUAUCACAACAGGCGUCCAAGGCUAGUUUGAAGCUCCUAAUGGAGAUCUGUCCAUGGGGUAGGAACCGGAUCAAGGCGGUAGAAGGCGGGGCGGUUUCGGUUUUGAUUGAGAUUCUUCUUGAUGCCCCGGAAAAGCGUGUUUGUGAGCUGACACUUGUGGUUUUGGAUCAGCUCUGCAGCUGUGCUGAGGGCCGGGCCGAGCUGUUGCGACAUGGCGCGGGGAUGGCGGUGGUUUCGAAGAAGAUUCUUCGGGUUUCGCACGUGGCGAGUGAUAGAGCAGUGAGAAUACUUUCUUCAGUUUGUAGAUUCUCAGCUACUUGUAGGGUUCUUCAAGAGAUGCUUCAAGUGGGCAUUGUGGCAAAGUUGUGCUUGGUUUUACAAGUUGAGAAUAGUUUGAAGACUAAGGAGAAAGCUAAAGAGAUUCUCAAGUUGCAUUCUAGAGUUUGGAAGAGUUCUAAAUGUAUUCCUUCUCACUUGGUUUCUUCUUAUCCAUCUUCAUAACAUUCAUUCAUUCUUUCUUUCUUUUUUGCUUUUUAUUUUUUUUUUUAUUCCUAUUUUUGUGUACAUAAAAUUACUAGAAAUAGAAAACAUGUGAGAGGCGCAAGCAAGCAUGAAACGUGUAUCGAUUGAUCUGUUGAAUUUUUGUAAUUCAUAUUGAUGAUGUACUUUUCAAAAAGCAUAAAUUUGGAAGGAUUUUAGUAUUUUUGACA